GAAGAAGAGUAUGAAGAUGAAGAAUUAACUCCUUAUGAAGCAUAUAACUUGGAAGCAGAACUUGUUAAUGCAGAAGACUUAGGAUGGACUGUAUACCAACGAAAAACUAGGCCUUCUCGCAAGAAAAAGCAAGGAUAUAGAACAU